CAAGGAUGUAUGUGUGGGUUCAGCAGCCCACAGCACUUCUGCUCCUGGGACUCACAUUUGGGGUUGCAUUCAGGCUCAACUGUGUUGAAGAUACAUACCCCAGUGGUCACAGGUGCUGUCAUGAGUGCCAGCCAGGCAAUGGUAUGGUGAGCCGCUGUGAUGCCAACAGGGACACUGUAUGCCACCCGUGUGAACCUGGCUUCUACAACGAGGCAGUCAAUUAUGAAAGCUGCAAGCAGUGUACACAGUGCAACCAACGAAGUGGGAGUGAACUCAAGCAGAAUUGCACAACCCGAACUCAGGAUACUGUCUGCCAGUGCAGGCCAGGCACCCAGCCCCGGCAAGACAGCAGCCACAAACUUGGAGUUGACUGUGUCCCCUGUCCUCCUGGCCACUUUUCUCCAGGCAACAACCAGGCCUGCAAGCCCUGGACCAACUGCACCCUAUCUGGGAAGCAGACCCGGCACCCAGCCAGUCCCAGCUUGGACGCAGUCUGUGAGGACAGAAGCCUCUCAGCCACAGUGCUCUGGGAGACCCAGGGCUCUACAUUCACACCAAACCUGUCCAGUUUCACCACAGUCUGGCCCAGGACUUCUCAGUUGCUCUCUACAUCCACCCAGGUGGCUCCUAGGGGCCCAGUAUUCACUGGUUUCCUAGGCCUAGGCCUGGGCCUGCUGGCUCCCUUGACUGUUCUGCUGGCCUUGUACCUUCUCCGAAGGGUCUGGAGGUUGCCUGAUGCUCCCAAACCCUACUGGGGGAACAGCUUCAGGAUCCCCAUCCAGGAGGAACAAGCUGACACACACUUUACUCUGGCCAAGAUCUGAACAGUACCUCAGGAAUGGGUUUGAUGGAGCACGGACAAUCUAUAUCCUGGUGCCUGCCAGUACCCUCCACACCGUUCUAGGUGCUGGGCUGGCUCUGGGCUCUUCUAUGUAUGCUAUGCAUACUGCCUGCCUGGUGGUACCACCAAUAAACGUGCUAGCAACUGUGAGUCUCUGACUGGCACUAGGGGGCUGAGGUUGCAUCCUC